AUGCAAGAAUAUUCUCCAAAGUCUCCAGACUGCACUGGUCUACCGGGUAAAGAACCUUUGCGAUUGGAUCAGCAAGUAACCCGCACGAUUGUCGAACAGAACUCGGAUGGCAUCAUACACGUCAAGAACAAGUCGAAUGUCGAUCCACCGGAGCUGUUUGAUCAAGCGUCUCGGCAAGAUGAGGUCAAUGUGCCCAGUAACUCAGCAAGAGAUGCUGACGAGGAGCAUCAUAACGCGGCUCGCAAGAUUCAAUCCCAGUACCGGUGCUUCGUGCGUCGUCAGUUAAUUCGCGACCAACUGCGCUUCGUGGUGGCGAAGAAGCGCCGUCAGACAAGGAGGAAGACGCGCCAGAAGGUCAAGAAAAGCGACGCUGUCGACAUGGCGGCAUCGGUGGCAAGCACGAACGAGACCGAGAGUCCUGUGACUGCAGUAGCGGUGAACGCGGACCUUGUGGAUAAUGUGGAAGUGGAAGAGGUCCAGAAUGUUGCACUGAGCACUGUGGUAAGCGUGGAGAUGACGCCGAUACAUGCACCGCUCUUAAGUGAACCUCAGACUCAGGUAGUGGGAGUUGGAGCCCGCAAAGGCUCGAGCGAGUACGUGUUCGACCUCUUCGAUGAUUCACAGGAAGAGAAUGGAGACAUGCAAGAAGCUACGCUUCAAGAAGAUUAUGAAAAGGACGAGUUCGAUACUACCAGCUCUGAGCUGCCACAAGGUGAGGAGCCUGUUUCGCUUCAGCAACCUACGCUUCUGCCUAGCGAAACCAUCGACGUUGGACAGAGUAGUGACAAGCCGGCAGCCACACCUGGCCAUGUUGAAGCAGCUUCCGAAGUCGAAGCGAUGCAACCACGUUGGGAUCGCUACGUGGACAGCACGACUAGCAAGUCGUUCUACUACAAUCCUGUAACGAACGAGACGCAGUGGACAGCCCCAGUCGAAGAUCGCGACCACUCUGCCAUAAAUUCGUCAGACGUAGCGGCAGCGACGGCAACAGACGCUGUCGUCUCGCCAAGCGGGCAGGCCACGCCCUCACAGGGCACAUGGCAAGGGUACUUGGACGAAGCAUCCGGCCAGCUGUAUUAUUACAAUACCAAGACCGGCGAGUGUUCGUGGGAGCCUCCAAGUAGCGAUUCUUCUGGAGUCGCGGUGUCGCUGCAAUCCGCUGUAACAGCUGAAAGCGCGGCAAUUGGUGUGAGCUCGUGGGUCAUGUACAUUGACCCGGCGAGCCAAGCGCCAUACUACCGGUACGUGAAUGUCGAGACGCUAGCCACGAGCUGGGAGCAGCCCGAUAGCUUUACCGUGGCAGCAGUAGCGGAGCCCAAUGGGACGGCCACUGCAAAUGAAGAUUCCUCGUAUGUCAUUGAUGAUCAUGCUGCCCUAGAGAUCUGA